GUAGCCAGAGGAAGCCAGCGUUCCUUCCGCAGCCAACUUUUUACCUACCUGCAUGUAAUUCACAGGCCCUAACAAGACGAGGGAGAGCCGCACUCCGGAUCCGACCUCGGCCUGCAUCAUGGUUCACAGGUCUACAUCUGGUGAAAGGAGAAAAGCUAGAAGAGGAGAUGAAGAUAAGAGACACAAGUCUUCAUCGGAGGAUGAGAGCAGCAAAGCACAAAAACCACGGCGAAAAUCAAGGUCUACAUCUGGUGAAAGGAGAAAAGCUAGAAGAAGAAGAGAUAAAGAUAAGAGACAUAAGUCUUCAUCGGAGGAUGAGAGCAGCAAAGCACAAAAACCACAGCGAAAAUCAAGGUCUACAUCUGGUGAAAGGAGAAAAGCUAGAAGAAGAAAUGAAGAUAAGAGACACAAGUCUUCAUCGGAGGAUGAGAGCAGCAAAGUGCGAAAACCACAGCGAAAAUCAAGGUCUACAUCUGGUGAAAGGAGAAAAGCUAGAAGAAGAGAUGAAGAUAAGAGAUACAAGUCUUCAUCGGAGGAUGAGAGCAGAAAAGUGCGAAAACCACAGAGAAAAUCAAGGUCUACAUCUGGUGAAAGGAGAAAAUCUAGAAGCAGAGAUGAAGAUAAGAGACACAAGUCUUCAUCGGAGGAUGAGAGCAGCAAAGUGCGAAAACCACGGCGUAAAUCGAGGUCAAGAUGCUCAGUGUCUUCUGUCUCCUCUUCAUCUCCAGCUAGGUCACGGAGCCCUAGUGAUUUCUCUAACACUAGCCUAACACUGCAAGAAUGUACGAAGCUAAAGGAGGAGAAAAUGAAAAAGAAGGAGAUGUUGAAAGCAAUAGAAACUCCGGAGGAAAAGAGGGCCAGGCGCUUAGCCAAGAAAGAGGCCAAAGAACGCAAGAAGCGAGAGAAGAUGGGUUGGGGAGAGGAGUAUAUGGGAUAUACUAAUACAGAUAACCCAUUUGGAGAUAAUAAUCUACUGGGCACUUUCAUCUGGGCCAAGGCACUGGAGAAGAAAGGAAUUGGACAUCUUAAUGAAAAAGACUUGAAAGAUCGGAACAAACAAAUCCAAGGAGAUAACCGCUUAGAGCUACAAAAGGUUAAGCAGCUGCGUUUGGAAAGGGAGAGAGAAAAAGCCAUGCGAGAGCAGGAACUGGAGAUGCUGCAACGAGAAAAGGAGGCAGAACACUUUAAAACGUGGGAGGAACAGGAAGACAACUUUCAUCUUCAACAGGCAAAACUGCGAUCCAAAAUACGCAUUCGAGACGGCCGUGCAAAGCCAAUAGAUCUGCUGGCCAAGUACAUCAGUGCUGAAGAUGAUGAUUUGGCUGUGGAAAUGCAUGAGCCUUACACUUUCUUAACUGGACUCACUGUUUCUGAUCUUGAGGACUUGCUGGAAGACAUUCAGAUCUACAUGGAGUUGGAGCAGGGAAAGAAUGUGGAUUUCUGGAGAGACAUGACGACUAUCACAGAGGAUGAAAUUUCAAAACUACGCAAACUAGAGACAUCUGGCAGGGGGCCAGGAGAGAGACGAGAAGGGGUAAAUUCCUCUGUCAGCACAGAUGUUCAAGCUGUGUUUAAAGGAAAGACCUACAGCCAACUUCAGGUCAUAUCUCAAGGGAUUGAGACCAAGAUAAAAGCAGGAGGGCCAAAUCUGGAUAUUGGAUACUGGGAGAGCCUGCUUCAGCAGCUUCGUGCUUACAUGGCAAGAGCUAGGCUUAGAGAGCGCCACCAGGAUGUUCUGCGUCAAAAGCUAUUCAAACUGAAGCAGGAGCAAGGCGUAGAGAGUGAACCUCUGUUCCCCAUAGUAAAAGAGGAACCAGAUUCACCUGUUGAGAGGGAAACUAUGGAGGGGCCUUUGUCUGAACAACCAGGCUCAUCUGCUGCUGCAGCACCUGAAGAAUCUAAAGAGGCACCAGAUGAAGAAGGAAAAGAUGAAGGUGGAGAGUCUGUACUCAUAGAGGAAGACCUCAUACAACAGAGCCUGAAUGACUAUGAUGCAGGCAGAUACAGUCCUAAGCUGCUGACCAACCAGGAGUUGCCGUUUGAUGCACACGUAGUUGACUUUGAGGAAGACCAGCAGAGGCUGGUGCUGUGCAGACAACAGAUGCAGGUGACUGGAGAUGCCAGUGAGAGCCCUGAAGACAUUUUUAUUCGGAAGGCGAAAGAAGGCAUGGAUGGGGAUGAAGCCCAGUUUAGUGUGGAAAUUCCAGUCACGAGCAAAGCUUAUCUGUGGGCAGACAAGUACAGGCCUCGAAAACCUCGUUUCUUUAACCGUGUCCAUACUGGUUUUGAAUGGAAUAAGUAUAACCAAACUCACUAUGAUUUUGACAAUCCUCCUCCAAAAAUCGUGCAGGGCUAUAAGUUUAAUAUUUUCUAUCCGGACCUGAUUGACAAACGAUCAACUCCUGAGUACUUCCUUGAGGCUUGUUAUGACAAUAAGGAUUUUGCAAUACUUAGAUUUCAUGCAGGGCCUCCAUAUGAAGACAUUGCCUUCAAAAUUGUGAAUCGGGAGUGGGAAUAUUCUCACAGACAUGGUUUUCGCUGCCAAUUCUCCAAUGGUAUCUUCCAGUUGUGGUUCCACUUUAAGAGGUAUCGCUACCGAAGAUAAGAGACAUCAUAUAUUGUAUGAUCUGUAAAUGUGGACUUCUUUUUUUGAAGAGGCUAAAAAAUUGUGCGACACAAACUCGGUGAAUAAUUACCAUAAGGGAUCAUGCAGACUGCCUUAUUACAGCUGUUUUGUUUCUUCAAGGUGGCCAAACCCUCUACUGUACCUCCUUUAUACCUCGGAUUUCAUAUAACUUUUUUUUGCCGAAUUCUUACACAUAGAGCUCAUUCUGCUCCUUACUCCAGAGAGCUUUAUGAUGUGUAAGCCCUAAGGGUACAGCAGUAUAGAGGGCUGCCAUAGGAAUGAAUGGGGUUCCGUAUUUGCUGUGACCGUAAAAAAAUGUGAAUUGCAAAAAAUCCCCCACUGCUGGAUUUUAUUGUGCUUUGCGUGUUGCAGCAAGUGUGCAAGUAGCUCUGCACCCCCAUUCAUUCCUAUGCUGGCCCUGCUACACUGCAACACUUGGGGUAUGCCUACAUGGCGAUUUUGGGCUCACAUGUGUCGCACACCCAAGUGUAGGGUAAGAAGUUUACAGGUUCCUUGGUUCAGAAACAACAGGCAGCUGUGCUCCUGCUGUAUCUCACAGGCUGCAAGGUACAGACCAGUAAAGCUUCCUGUCAUUUCCAGCAAGGUAUUUAAAGUGCUUGGAGCUCUGACCUCCAUGUUUGCUCAGAACAUCAGAUACUGAAAAUGAAUGGAGCAUGCCGGGUGUUGUAGUUUCACAACAUCUGUAGUGCCUGAGGUUGCUGAGCUUACAGCACUACAGAUUCUUGGUGGUUACAAUUAUAGAGGUUGUCCAAACUGUUCUCAAUCAGAGCUAAAUGCAUUUGCUCUACUGUUCCAAAUUGUCUUAAUCGUAAGAUUUUACAUGCAUGGACACCAGGUAGGAUCAAGGCAGUUCUCAUUUAUUACAGGAAAUCAAAGGGGUUGUCCGGGUUCAGAGCUGAACCUGGACAUAUCCAUAAUUUCACCCCGGCAGCCCCCCUGACUUGAGCAUUGG